AUGGCUCAGCAAGUCGAAUACCGACGCGCCAGCCUCCUUGGCAGCCCUCCUGAGAUUCGCAACCGCAUCUUCCUCGACGUCGCCAUGCAUCAUAUCUUCAAGGCGAACGGAGAGAAGCAAGUGUUCACCCUGCAGUCCCUCACUAUGGGCAAGAACAUCAUCUUCCGCCCAUUCCGCGCCAACAAGCAAAUGCUGCGGGAGCUGCGCACGCUUUUCUUCGGACACAUAACCCUGUCUCUAUCCACUGAGGAGAUGAUGAAGAGCCACCUACCGCUGUACGGCCACCCCAAUGGCAACUUCGACAUGGCCACUGCAAAAUGGAGGUCUGGCAGACUCCAGAAGAUCACGGAGGCCAAGAAGAUCUCGACUUUCCAGACGCACAGAACUCGCAUCGCCUACUUCAUUACCCACCCCAAGAAUAUCGAGAGAACGGCCGUGAUGACCAUGCUCAUGCCCCAUCCUGCCGUCCGCCAAAGCAUCCGGUUCCUACAGCUUCAUCUUCUGGCCCCACGAUUCAUCGACGGUAGCAGCCUGCAGUACUCCUACACCUGUGGCGCCGACGGUACGGACUGGCUUUACCCGCUUCGUGAAAUCAAGAAGAUUGGGUUCGUGAAAUUGAAGAAGCUGCAUGUCGUGGUCAAGUACUUCAGCACCCAAAUCAUGGUUAAAGACACCAAGAAGGUCACUGUCGCGGGAGACAGCGAGUCCCAAGGAACGAGUACGAGCCGCAGUGUGGAAGAGUGGAUACAAGAGCACGUGACGGGAAUGGAUUUGGAGGGUAUCGAGUACAGUCUCGAGAUUGUGUAUGGCGAGACACGGUGA